CUCAUCUCUCUCUUCCCUCUCAAUCCCCCAUCCCCACGAACCCUAACCCUAACCCUCUCGGCUCCCUCUCGGCUCCCUCUCAGAUCCCUCUCAUCUCUCCUUUCUCUUCAGGAAAAUCAUCCCUCUCAUCCGACGCUAGCCUUGAGGAACCCUAACCCAGAGAACCCUUCCAACCCUAACCCUAACCCUCUCGGCUCCCUCUCAGAUCCCUCUCAUCUCUCCUUUCUCAUCAUCCCUCUAAUCCGACGCUAGCCUUGAGGAACCCUAACCCAGAGAACCCAUUUGAAGGCGACACCAAGCCUAACCCAGGAACGUGAAGCCACUCGGCCUCCCUCUCCCCGUCGGGACACGAACCCGAGAAGCUGGAAUCUUCUUCGGAGAACCCAGGUUUAAUUUUUUUUUUUUUUUUGGUUGAUUUUAGUUUUAUGAAUGAAACUAGAAAUUGUGAUUUUGAUUCUGAUUUUGAAAGUGUUAAUUAGUUGAGUAGUUGAUUUUGGAUCAUCGGCCAUUCAGUUUAUUCCCAUAUUUUGAAAUUUGGAAUUUUUCUUUAUGAAUGCAAGUUGGUAUUAUGAUUAGGAAAACAUUAUGAUUUGCCAUUAUAACACCAAAUUGCUGGGGAUUGAUCAGUCAUUAUUGGACAUAUCGUCUGCCCUUCUCUGAGUUAGGAUUAAGACGUGUAUUUAUUUUAUUUCUUUUAAGGAUUAAGAUGUGUGACUUUAUUUGUUUAAGUGUAUAUAGUUGAGAAGCUUAGUCUGUUCUUUCUGAAGUAAUCUAAUGUUGAUGGGGGAAAGGCAAAUGAGAGUAGCCAUGUAACAGGACUUGACAGAUCAGAAACAAAAAUAAUAAUAAUAAAUGGCAUGAAAUUAAUUGUCUAGUUUGUAAAAUUAAUUGUCUUUUGAAUACAGGAUUCACUGUUCGGAUGAAAGGCCCUUAGUUGAUUUUGGUGAUUUUAGUUGAAUUGUUGAGAAGCUUUGUUAGGAAUUUUAGCUUCCAUAAAGCAUGUCAAAGAGCUGUUAUUUUGCUUGCAUUUGUGCUUUUAUUUGGGCUUCUGAUCUGUCUCUCUCUAAAGAAUCGAUAUGCACUUUUAACCAUAUACAUUUCAUUCUCAAUAUAAGGGUCCAUAUCCACUUAUCUAGCUAGUCAUUUUCUUGGACAUAUAUAUAUAUAUAUAUAUAUAUGUUCAAAAUGUCAGCUGCUAUAAUAUAUACUACACAAAUUGUCAGCUGCGUGUUGUCAUCUUUUAAUUGGUGCAUGGGCCACAUGAUGGCCUAAUUGGUAGCUAGCUAAUUCCUCAAAUCUUGGAGGCCGGCCAGCACCUCUAAAAAAUUUCCUCUAUUGCUUGAUAAAAUGUGUUGAUUAAGAGCUCAAGGUUCCACAAUAUUGUACCAACUAUAGACAUUUGGUAAAAGUUGCUAUCUUCAUUAAUAACAGCAUCAUUAUGUACUGUUAUUCAAUUUUUUUAUGGGGGUUCAUCUUAGAAUGUCAAAAUCAUCUUCAUCAAUAUCUUCAUCAUCUUAUCCCAAACGUACGUUGGGAAAAGAAUUGUGCUUCUGCGAGCUGGAAGCCACAUUGAAAUGGUCAACUACUACAAAAAAUCCUAGACGGCCCUUCUUAGGGUGUUCAAAGUAUAAUACGCAGGGCUUACCAUACUGUAAGUUUUUCAAGUGGUUGGAUGGUAAUGAAGUGAUUGAGUUACAAUAUAGAGAAAGGAUUGAUGAACUGUUAAAGAAAGAGAGAGAUGUGGAGAAGCUACUUGAGCUGCUCGGAAAGCGGGAGAUUGAGCUCCGUAAGAUAGUGGAGCGCCUCGAGAGGGUGCAGAUGGUGCUGUCCAAUAAAAGCGACGAGGUUAUGCAAAAGGAGUUGGUGCUUAACGCACAAGAAGCUAAAAGAAGGCGUUUAUGCACGCUACUUUCUCUUUAUUGUUGUGCAGUAUUUUUACAUGCAUUUUACUUAGUUUUUUAUAAGUAAUUUGGGAUUGUUGUUAGUAGUCAUGUGUUUAGGUAUAUUGGGAAUUAUUACAUGUGUUUAUGCCAAGUGGAUUUGUGGUAGUUGUUGAUCAAUGUGUUAAAUA